AUGUUUGCUGACUCACAAAAUCAAAAUGAUGUGGUUUCUCCUAAUCAACAAGAGGGGCAAAACCAGCAGAACAACCCACCCCCUCAGACUUAUUCAAGAACGACCCAUCGGUUUAAGAAAAACGUCAUCACGGAAGACUACAAACUCACGGGUCUGGUCCUGGGACUAGGCAUUAACGGCAAGGUGCUUGAGAUAGUCCAGAAGAGCAGUGGUGUCAAAUACGCUCUGAAGAUGUUACAGGACAGUCCGAAGGCAAGGAGGGAGGCGGAGCUUCACUGCAGGGCAUCGGCGUGUCAGCGGAUCGUACAGAUAGCUGAUGUCUACGAGAAUUUCUACCAGGGCAAGAAAUGCCUUCUUCUCGUCAUGGAGUACAUGGAUGGUGGAGAACUGUUCAGCCGUAUUCAAGCACGUGGGGAACAGGCUUUCACAGAAAGAGAAGCUUCAGACAUUAUGAGGAGUAUAGGAGAAGCCAUUGAAUUCCUCCAUGCUAUUAACAUUGCCCACAGAGAUCUUAAGCCAGAGAAUCUGUUAUACACAUCUCGACAACCUGAUGCAGAACUCAAACUCACUGACUUUGGGUUCGCCAAAGAGACCACGGCACAGAACUCCCUGGCCACACCCUGCUACACUCCAUACUACGUAGCCCCAGAAGUUCUUGGCCCUGAAAAAUAUGACAAGUCAUGUGACAUGUGGUCUCUCGGGGUCAUCAUGUACAUACUGUUGUGUGGAUAUCCACCUUUCUACUCUAACAAUGGAUUGGCUAUUUCUCCUGGAAUGAAGAAGCGGAUUCGUAACGGCCAGUAUGAGUUUCCCGACCCAGAGUGGGCGGAUGUAUCGAGUGAAGCUAAACAGCUUAUUCGGUGCCUGCUCAACACAGAUCCCACAGAGAGAAUGACCAUCUCAGAGUUCAUGAAUCACCCAUGGAUCAAUCAGUCUAUGGAAGUUCCUCAGACCCCUCUGCACACCAGCCGCAUCCUCAAUGAAGAGAGCAGUGUCUGGGAAGAGGUUAAGGAGGAGAUGACCAAUGCCUUGGCGACUAUGAGAGUGGACUACGAUCAAAUUAAAAUCAAGACCAUAGAAGACUCGUCCAAUCCACUCCUUCUGAAAAGAAGAAAGAAAGCGGCUAGUAUGGGCGGGACUGGUGGAUCUCUCUGCGACAUUUACGCCAAGAAAACUCUCAUCGCCCUUUGUCAGGACUGUCCUCUGGAGUGCACCUGUCCCUCAUCCUAUCCCACAGCCAUGUACUGCAAUAACCGCAACCUACGACACAUACCCUACGUGCCCACACGGAUGAAGUAUGUCUACUUCCAGAACAACCAGAUCACCACCAUUCCAGAUGGAGUCUUUGACAACGCCACAGAGCUCUCUUGGAUCGUCCUCCACAUGAACCAGCUUGACUCCGACAAGAUCGGCAAGAACGUGUUCGCCAAGCUGCGUAACCUCAACCUCCUCUACCUGCACCACAAUCGCUUGACCAGUGUGCCGGAGGGACUGCCACGCUCACUCCGCGAUCUGAGGCUUAACCACAACAACAUCUCUCUCAUUCCUGCGGACGCUUUUCGUGGCAUGGACAACCUAACCACCCUGCUUCUCUAUAGGAACGCCAUCCAGGAGGUGGGUAAGGCUCUGCAGGGGCUCCCUUUGUUAAAUGUGCUGGACCUGCGUGGGAACAGGCUGCGGAAGGUUCCAGAUGGCCUGCCAGAGAGACUGAGUCAGCUCUAUCUUGAGUUCAACCUUAUCGAGGCAGUGCCGGACAACUUUCUCAGCCUUCGGCCUGCACUUCAGUUCGUGAGGCUGGCUCACAACAGGCUCACAGAUGGAGGAAUCCCUGCCAACACCUUCAAUGUGAGCACACUGAUAGAGCUGGACCUAUCACAUAACAAGCUAGAGAGGAUCCCAACUGUCAGCACGAGCCUGAAGAACCUGUACUUGCAGGCCAAUCAGAUCAAAGAGUUCUCUCUGAGCAGUUUCUGUAGGGUUGUGGACAUAACAAAUUACUCCCAAAUUCGCGUGUUACGACUUGAGGGCAACGAGAUCAGCUCCCGCGACGUGCCCCCGGAGACUGUGUACUGUCUGCGCCUAGCCGGUAGCUUCAGCCUGUAA